ACAGCUGGCAUUGAAUGACAGUCACUGGGAGAGAGAGAGAGAGAGGGAGAGAGAGGCAUCUACACUGUGCGACGCAGCGAUCGAUACGAGAGACUACACCGGAGUUACCCAACGUGCAGAGAGUAGACCCUUGUCCACAUCAGCUCGCCACCAUGGGGAUAUCACCGUCCAGCCUCCUGGAUGAAAGUAAAUCCAACUACAUAAGAGGUUGUGCGGAGGCAGAGCUGAAGGAGUUCAGUCCCCACUACAGGAGACAGUACUCUGUGGUCUUCUUCUCCCAAGUCCAGGAUGAGCUGGAGCAACAGAAAGAGAAAAUAAAACAGCUCCUCAAACAAAGGGGUCCUCCGAAGGCGGGGGAGGUGCUGUAUGAGGAACAGGUCCUCCAUUUUGAUUAUACCCGGAAGUGGAAGGAGAGAUACAUGGUGGUUCGCGCCAACUACUGCCUGGAGUGUCACGACAGCUUUGAGACCUUUGUGAAGGGCGUGCCCCCGCUCCACAAGUUGCUACCAACAGGGGGCACUGUGCUCACCACAGAGGAGAAGUACAUGGCCAUGGUGGACCAAUGCUUCCCUGUUUCGGAAACCAACAAUGUGAAGGAGGAGUUUGCCCCUCCUACAAUCGGCAUGCCUGGACAGUUCCCUGUGUACCUCAGGCUUCCGUACCGUAGAGAUUACUACUUCUGCUUCCGACAGGAGGCUCGUCAAGAUGCAUUCCUCUCCAUCCUCUCUGACUGCAUCCGUCACCAGAACCAAGACUUCCUAAAGAAGAAGACGGUGGAGGUGCAGGCCUUCCUCAAGGCGGUCCACCUCUACAGACAAGAGAAGGGCCGUUAUGACUCCUGGAACAUGCUGAUUGGCAGUGAUGUCAGGGUACUUGCCAACUUGGUUAUGGAGGAGCUGUUGCCGUCUCUGGAGAAGGAUAUGCUGCCUCAUCUGAAAGCCAAGAAGACAGAGAGGAAGAGAGUGUGGUUCGCUACAAUAGAAGCAGCUUAUAUCAUGGUGCAGGAGUGUCUGUUGGAAGGGCUGUCUGUUCUGAAGGAGGAGUGUAAGACGGCAGCUUGCCAGCAGGAGGUGCUGAUACGUUCUGAUAUGGACUUGAUCCUUCACUCUAGAACCUACCUGGAGGGAAAGCUUCGAGCCAGUGUAUCAGAGCCAGCAGAGAAGUUUUGUUCGGAGGGCGUGCAGCCCUACCUGGCCUCCAUACUGGAGGAGCUCAUGGGACCAAUCAGCUCAGGGUUCCAGGAGGCACGGCUCCUAAGUGACAACCAGAUGGACCAACUGUGUCAGGACUUCCAGGAGGGCGGCGUUACCGACAAACUCAAGCAGGCCCUGGCUAAGCUGAGUAAGCCCAACCUGUUGAGUUGUUACCAGAGGAUCAACUCUCUCCACGACCAGCUGCAUGACCUGCAGGAACGCUUUGGCUUCUCCAACAUCAGCAAUCUGGUCCACAGCACCCAGAUAGACCUGCAGCAGCUGAUUGAAAACGCAGCGUACUCGUUUGAGCUGCUACUCUACAAGGCCAAAGAAAACAGCACAGACAAUGUAGGCUCUGCCAUGGAGAAGUCCAGGCACAUGGUGCUCAAGCAAUAUGAUUACGACAGCAGCACAGUGAGGAAGAGGAUCUUUCAGGAGGCCUUGGUGGGGAUCACUCUACCUCACAUUAAGAAGAACCUGGCCCCAACCUGCAAAACAGAGCUGCAGGGUCUUGAACAGUUCAUUGAUGCAGACUAUUCCAACUUUGUCCACGUGGAGAAUAUAUUUGAGGGCAUUCUGCUGCAGAGUCUAGACAAGGAAGUCAGCAAAGUGGUGAAGGACGCAGUCAGCCUAAAGAAACACAACCUGUUCACAGACAGCAGGGACCCCCUGAGCCAGACCAGCCGCUCCAGUCUCCUCUCCAUCCCAUCCACCCCCAGCAGCCCAGCCAGGGUGCCGUUCUCCCCCACACAUCUCCAGACCUCUACCUUUAUCCAGACCCAGCCUGAGACCCAGCCACAGGCUGAGGUACCAGCACCAGCCCAGCCUGUCUCUCCUGACCUGAGCAACGGUCUGGCGUUCGUUGGGGUUGUACAGGGGGACCCCCCAAGUGCCGUGUUGAAGGCAGAGCAGAACAAGGUGAAGGCGGUGUCAGGGGACACAGUAGAGAAUGAGGCCCUGGGGACCAGUAUUGCACCUGCUGUUGCAGCUCCAGUGGAGAAGCUAGUCAAGGUGAAGAACACAGUCAGUACACAUGAGACACCUGUGGAGGACAUGUCUGAACCAACUGAAACAGCUCAAGUGGAGACCCCUGUCCUAACUGAGACAGAGACAGAGAAAACACCCACCCCUGGAGAUGCUGUGGAGGUGGAGAAGACAGUAGUAAUGGGCGUACUAACUACAGUAGCACAAAGCGAAGCCUCUUCCCCCAGUCCGGUCCCUGUCCCUGACCCUUCCCCUGUCCCUGUUUGUGUUGUCAAGCCUGUAGCUGUCAUUGACCCUAUAGCUGUUGAAGAUUCAGUAGCAGAGCACAUGGCUUCACUCACAAUCCCCACUACUGAGACAGAGGCUGAGAGUGAAAGCGGUCCUCCUAACAGUGACCCAGUAGCGGCCUCUAGUGGUGAGCAGCCUGUAACUGCACCACCAGCAGACGCCAGCCUUGCUGCAGCAGCAGAGACCAAGGAUGUGCCAGCCUCAUCCUCCGCUCUCCCAGAUGAUGGGGAUGAUACAGAGAGCGAGUCUGCCCCCUCAGACAUCGAGAUCCCUGGUGAUGAUGAUGUCACGAGAGCAGCAGCCCCCACUGAUGAGGUCAAAGUGUCGCAGAGCAACGGAGUGGAGUGUAGCAUUUCUGUGACCUCUAACCUUGCAGUAGAGGUCAGCGUGAGUGAAACACCAGUCGGUAUCGCCACCAAGCCCCCUGUAGAAGUAUCAGAGGGUAAGCCCGUUCCCCCUAGCGAGCCCCCGGUCUCUGAAGCAAUAAGAGGCGUUAACGGAGAAGCUAGCGUUGAAGUCACUGCUGGUGCUUAUUCCAUCGUAGCAUCAGCAGCCAAUUUGAAUGUAGUCCCUCCACAGCCCCAGCCAGACUCCCAGGCCACCCUCGCUGCUGAACCCACCAAAGAAGCCCUCCAGGCUGUGGAGCCCGCUGAGCCUGCUCCCCGGGCCGUGGACUGUGUGAAAGAGAUCCGGGACCUGGUGGUGGCGGUGUUUGAAGUGGAGGAAGAUGGUCCAGCGCUACCCAGGUAGUGAUAACAUAUGAGGGAGGGGUGGCCAGUGAGGUGCCUGAUAUCACACAGAGAAUAAAUGAAGACAAGGACCCCAUUCUUUAAAUCACUGCAAUUGUGAGGAGUAUGAAAACGUUAUGGUCUAUAACCUCGCUGUUGUCGAACCCAAACACUACACGGACUGAGGUUACCCUCGCCAUCAACUACAAACACUACACGGACUGAGGUUACCCUCGCCAUCAACUACAAACACUACACGGACUGAGGUUACCCUCGCCAUCAACUACAAACACUACACGGACUGAGGUUACCCUCGCCAUCAAGUACAAACACUACACGGACUGAGGUUACCCUCGCCAUCAAGUACAAACACUACACGGACGGAGGUUACCCUCGCUAUCAAGUACAAACACUACACGGACUGAGGUUACCCUCGCCAUCAACUAAAAACACUACACGGACUGAGGUUACCCUCGCCAUUAACUACAAAUACUACACGGACUGAGGUUACCCUCGCCAUCAACUACAAACACUACACGGACUGAGGUUACCCUCGCCAUCAAGUACAAACACUACACGGACUGAGGUUACCCUCGCCAUCAAGUACAAACACUACACGGACUGAGGUUACCCUCGCCAUCAACUACAAACACUACACGGACUGAGGUUACCCUCGCCAUCAACUACAAACACUACACGGACUGAGGUUACCCUCGCCAUCAACUACAAACACUACACGGACUGAGGUUACCCUCGCCAUCAACUACAAACACUACACGGACUGAGGUUACCCUCGCCAUCAAGUACAAACACUACACGGACUGAGGUUACCCUCGCCAUCAAGUACAAACACUACACGGACUGAGGUUACCCUCGCCAUCAAGUACAAACAACUGUUACACAAGCAUAAAACUGCACGCUUCCAUAAAAUUGCAGAUUGGUAAAAUAUGAACAUAUACAAUUGUGUUUGUGAGAAGAUUAAUGUAGUGAGAUAUGGGCAUAAAUAGAAUAUCAAGUUAGGGACCAAGAAAAAGCCAAUUAAUUUGGUACACAUCAAAUUGACUAUUGCAAUUGUGUGUAACUAUCUCCACUUGUCAUUGUGUGUUUAAAAAAAUAAAUAUCUUCUAUGUCCCUACGUAUGAAUAUGCAUAGAUUGUAGAUGAUUCAGACAGCGUUUGUGUUACAUUUUAAAAUCAACAGCACUGCCAUAUAUUGAAUGGGUCUGAGUAGCAAUGGGAUGGUUCCACAUAUGGAGGAAGAUAAGUUCUAUUCUGUGUGCUUUGACUUGCUGAAGGAUUUUUCUCAUCAGUUCAUAUAGAGGGUUAUGCAUGCUCAUACUCAAUCACCAGCUAGUCCACCAAGUACCAGUAACAUACCACUAGAUGAGGUGCUACGGUUCUUUCCUAGUGUCUACUGCCUUGUUUCCAUGAAGAAUGAUUACCACCUAUUUCCAAUAGACGUGGUUGCUAUGGAGACUGGUCCAGUGACUUUAUUCCCGAAUGACUAAUGGCCGUGUUGAAACAGCGCCUGUGCUUUCAUACAUGACAUGUUACACAGUCAUUUUGUGAAGGGGCUAUGCGGAUUUGUCUAUGUAUAUUCAAGUCUGAAAAAUAUACUGUAAAAUUAAGUAUGAAGUCUACAAAAAUAAGACAGCUGUCCGUUGCUUGUGUGUUGGGAAAAUACAUCAAAUAACCUUUUAUUUGACUUUAAAACAAAUACAACACA